AUAUUUUUUUUUUACUUGCUUUCCACUUUGACAGCCCACCUUCCUUAAUUUCUCUGGAUUACCUUUACCUUUGGUAUUUCUGGAUAUUUUUGAUAACAAGAAAAAAUAAAAUUGUUAUGGUACAAUGGGUCUCGAAAAUUCUAGGAUUUACUGGCAAAAUAAUAAUGUACGGUUGUGUAACUCAUUGCACCUUCGAGUAUUUGGGUGACUUUGUCGUUUGCAAUGGUCCAUCCAUGCAACCAACUCUUUAUUCAGAUGACAUCCUCCUUACCGAACGAAUAUCACCAAGACUAUCAAAUAUUUCCAAAGGUGACAUUAUUAUCGCCAAAUGUCCUACAAAUUCCAGUGUUCACAUCUGCAAACGGGUAAUUGGCAAAGCUGGCGACAAAAUCAGUGUCCAAUUACCUGCCAAUUCGGGAAUGCUCAAUGACGAAGGCAUGAAAGCAAUCGCCAUUCGAGAGAAUGUUUAUGAAGAUGGCAAAAAAGGGAAACCAAUUGUAACUUAUGUGCCGAGGGGACAUGUUUGGUUGGAAGGAGACAAUCAAUCAAAUAGCACCGAUUCAAGAUCAUACGGACCGGUGCCGGAGGGUCUAAUUAAGAGCAGAGUUUUGUGUAGGCUUUGGCCAGUUAAUAAAAUUACAUUGCUUACAUAAAGUUCAAAGAA